AUGUCAUCUUCAUCCCAGCGCACCGGGCCAUCCAUGAUUGACAGCGACGCGACGACUUUGGGCAGACCCAAGACCAAGGCAUGCGACACAUGUCGAAUACGAAAAGUAAAAUGUACCUUCGCUCCUCCACUCCACACUGGUGAAUCAUCCACGAAACCGUGUAUAUUGUGCAAGAAACACGGAUUUGCAUGUACGUACGAGCGUAAAGCUAAGAAGGUCAUAGGUAGCUCGAGCGAGGAUCGCAGGACGAAUGACAUAGGAGUAAGGGCGCGACCGAUUGCACCUGUGUCGCGCAGACCUAAGGUACCAGAAGAUGCAGCAAUUGCUCUGACACAUAGUGCUCAAUCAGACAGAGAGCGACAGGAGAAUCAUAGGAAGGGCAAAAACGCGAUCCCGGAGGUCACGUCAAACCCCUUCGACGAGAUUUUACCGAGACAAUUGCUCCUCUCAGCCAUAUCUACUUUUUUCGAUCAUCUCUACUGCUUGACCCCACUCGUUCACAAGCCAACUUUUGUAGCGGAUUUGAAGUCUCGACGAGAAGAACAGCCAGAAAAUCAAGAAUGGGUAUCUUUGGUUCUAAUGUUGGUCGCGGCUACUCUCGUGCAAGCUCCUUGGGCAUUCCCUCAUCUUGAACGGAAGGAGAUAGAAAAAUUAGCUAAGAGCUGUUAUAGGAGAGGUAAAAUAUGGCUGGUGGAAGAUUUCAGGGAGAUCACUAUCGGAAGAUACUUGUUUGCUGAGUAUGCCCAUAGAGCAUGCAUGGUCUCAGCCCAUCUGCAAGAAAUCGGUAUGGCGGAGAUGUUUAGAGGAUCUUUAUGGGGAUUGAUUUUUAAAUUGAGGAUGCACGAGGAAAGUAGCUACGAAGGUCUUGAUCCUAUAGAAGGAGAGUUGCGGCGAAGGAUAUUCUGGCUGGCGUUUGGGCUGGACAAAGCACGCUGUGCUGUUCAUGCGGAUAUGGUCCAUGUGACCGGGGAGCAUUGCGCGGAUGUUCAGUUGCCCAAGGCUCUGGACGAUGAGCAUAUAUCAAGGACAGGAUACGUAACACCAUCCACUGAAGAAACCCCAAUACUUCUUGGGUUUUGCUAUGUCUCACGUAUAUUUGAGAUCCUUGGACAAGCACUAGAUCUCAGACGAAUAGACCGAAGAAGAAAUCCUACAGGUAUACAUCUUCAAAUGAGAUUAAACGAGGUCAAUGGGCUUUUGGAGAUGUGUGAAACUCUCAUGGAUGACUGUCCACCCGCUCUGCGGCUCAGUCAGUCAUUGGACCCUUCCCAAUCACAAGUGCAGAGUAGGAACUCGUUUCUGGUACAACAAGCCAACAUAUAUAUGACACAGCAAAUGACCAGACAACUGCUUAUGGAAUAUCGCGCUCAGCUUCGAGCUCUACAGCGCCACCAACAAUUGGAGGAUCUAGGCCAAGCUGGUAUGCCACUACAAGAUAUGCACUUGCAAUCUGGUCUAUCGGACGAGGAGAAGGAAUCCGUUUCCAGAGAUGUGCUCAAUGUUCUAGAAGCUAUACCGAUCCAAGCUUUAGCUGUCAACACUACUGGCGUCGUCAAUAAAGUUCGUUUCGUUGCAGUCAGCUUGUUAGACGGUCUUUCGGAGAAUGGAGCAGAAGGCGGAGAUGGGACUGGAGGAACAUCUCGGAGUCAGUACCAUCGCGAGUACCUUUGGAAAUUCUUAACUACUCUGGGCGAGAUAGAGGCUAUGAGCUCUUUGAAGGAGAUCGCAUGA